CAUUUGAUUUGAUCGGGACGCUCGAAUCUUCACCGCCGGAGCUGGAGGGGCGAGCUAUUUGUUGAACGGCCGCACAUCGACGGGCUCUCGGAAUUAAAAAUGAGGAGGAAAUGGCAUCAUCAAAGCAGGGAAGAAAGCAUCAAGCAAAGGAAGCAAUUGGGGCAUUUUGCCACAUUCUUAAUUCAAAUGUCUUCAUCACCAGGAUAACUCCUGAACAGUUUCGACAAGCAAAGUUUGAUCAACCUGAAGCUAUCUCAUCGAUGUGGACAUUACUCAAGGAACUGUUGCAGCUCAACUUCACAUCUUCAACCAUUAGCAAAUCUGCCAAGAACUUGGCAGCUAGUCAUCUUGAAAAAGCUGAUGUUCAGUCACUGCUUUACCAAAUGGGCUACAGAUGUCUUGGUUUUCAUGACGAUGGUGAUGUUGGAAGCAGAGACAUCCUCGUGGCGAUAGGAUGGCUCCUAGCAAAAUUGGACUUUGUCAAUGAACAAGCGAAAGUCAAGCUAGAAGAUGCCUCUCCGCCAAUAUCUACCUUUCACCUUGGGGCGGUUCAGAAGGCAUUGAAUUCAGGGAUCACCAAGGCAUCAAGUCAAUGGCUGAAAGACUCAGGUCCGUCAACCCCUGUAGGACAGGCCAAGUACCUGGUGUGGCUGAUGGGACGACUCAGGCUAGCUCUGAAGGCGCUGUACUGUGAACAGCAAGGUCUUUGUGCAGCGAUUCAUCACGUUCAUGAAGCUACCCAGGGAGUGAGCAUGCCUCAUCCUAGUCGUGUGAACCAUCUGACAGCAUGGGAGACCUUUAUCCUCAGGCAUCCAAAACAAUUACAACAUUACCUAAUGCACCUGGAGAAGCAGUCAUCCUUUCUACAAACAUGUGUUGUCUGGAAAGAAGCUGAACCCAUAUUUUGGCAGUGGAUGAUGAGUGUUCACGAAGCCAAGAUGUCCUCGGCUGCAGUGAACCCCAUUCCUCCAAUCUCAUCCAACAAUCAUCAUGCGCAUCAUGUGGUAGCAACAAAGGAGAGGUCUAGAAGGAUACAGCGGCUUCAUGAUCUUGAGAUUGAACUGAACAGGCAGCGUCAAGUUCUGGAGGAUGAGCUUGAAUCGAGAGGGGCUAAUGACCUCGUCAGUCAGUUAUCUGAUCAUCCCGACAUACACAAAAGAAAGGCAGACAUCGACAAUGCAGUCAGAGCCAAGCUCACCAACAGUUUUGAAGAACACCGCAAGGUGCAUACUAGGAGCUAUCCUCUACCAACAGUGCAGUUUUCCUUCAAGCCUGAACAAGCUAAGAACAGGCGCUUGAAACCCGAAGCUCUUCCUCCAAAUACACUCAACAUAAAGGAUGAGAUUACUAGAAUGUUGGAUGGUGUGAGAAGACUGCAAGAGGAGCUGGACAGUGUGAAACUCAAACAGCAGCAAAGGUUGGAUGGCUUUGCAGAAGGGCUGAUGAACGUUGUAUGUAUCCCACCUAUGUUGGAAAAGACCAGCUAUUCAUCAUCAGGAACGUGAGAACAGAUCGAUUUAGGACUGGGUCUUCACAAGAUAGAAAUGGAAUGCUUUAAAAGCAGAACUGAAUGUGAAGAUGACUGUUAUACAGUGAAAUCUGCUUUAGCAACCACCUACAUAGAAAGACUACCUGUCUAUAAAGGCCACGCUUUCUGUUUCCCUUGAAUAGUGUUUGUCAUUAGAACAUGAACUAAAGGAACCUGUACAUAAAGACCACCUGCCUGAAGAGACCUCUUUUCAUGUCUCGCAAGAGUGGUCUUCCAAGACAGGUAUCACUGUAUUAUAAAAUCAGAAACUUUUGUGACAUGAGAGAGGCCACUGCAGACUGGUUGUUUCUUUAAAGGUAAAGACCAGUUUUGGAAAUGCCCCUUUUCUCCAAAAUGAAAUGGAAGCUCUUAUUCCCAAUCAUAUGAAAGAACA